AUGGACAUAGGAAGCGUCGCAAAACCCAGAUCACGCCGGUCCCUUGAAGCACCACACCCCAAGACUGAAAGCUCACUGCCGUCUUCCAAAGUAUCUCCUAAAACUACUUUAAAUUUAUCUUUUGGAAUCAAAUCGACUCCACUUAAGUCUUCACCUUCAAAUUCUUCUCCCCCAAAGACUUAUGACAGACGUCGAAGUCCUGAUUCUGGUUCUAAACCUAGUUGCAUUCCUCUUUCCAAGAAACCCUCUGAUCGAAAUUUGCGGACAUCUACAUCGCCGGUUAAGCAGGACUUAACCCGAGACACAAUAUCAAGCAGAUCGAAAGCAGAAACGCCCAGAAAUAGAUCAACUCGCAAAAGUCCAGAAAAAGCCAAGAGUGAUACAGAAAACAAUCGUAUCGAUCGAAGACAUCGAGCUCAAAAAGAUAGUGAAAGUCUUAGCGAAAAAUAUCAUUAUUCAAAGAAAAGACUGACUAGUUUAGAAAAUAAUUCUCCAAGAAAAUCGAAUGAGAAAAACGUUUCGCCUAAAACUCUUUCGAAUGUUACUUCCCGAGCUAACCAAGAACCAAAUGUUAAUGCUUGUGGACUAGAAAAUUCUAAAGUUACGAAGAUGUCUACACUUCACGAAACUGUUAGACCACAUAGUUCUAGACUUUCUCAGGAGAUGGACAGCUUAGCUGCAUUGACUAAACAGACAUUAGAUAGGGUUAACAAAUUGUCGAAUAACUUAACUAGUAAUAAGAUAAAUUUAGACACACCUGAACCUCGUUUUGACUCCAUAUUCGCACCGAAAUCUGACCUGAGACAUAACAAUCACGCAUACAACUAUGGUUUAAUUAAUCACGAAAGGCCUGUACAUAACAGAGGAGUAACUGAAAGGUUAAGAGAUAUAGACACGGCAGCUCAGAGACUGAUUGAUUUUGAAAAGCAAAGUGCAAUGUUUUCUGAUCUCAAUAACGAUACGUCUAGUCAAAGUCGCCGUCUUGAUACUUCAUCAACGUCCUGUAGUCAUACGCCUGUGUCUAUCUUAAAACGGAAAUCUAUUCACGAAGACAGUGCCGCAUCGAAUAAUACUAAUCAAGCCAUUGCAUCCCCUCCAGUUACAUUUUCACCAAGCGUGGUCGAACCACGAAAUGGUCGCUCUGAAAGUCAACAGCGGCAAGGGAUACUAAAGAAACGUCGAAGCUUAGAUGAGUCGCAAGUAGCUCGAAGACGAUCUUGCAGCCCGGAAGUGUCUUUUGCUGAAGAUGGUUCUCUAGAAACAAAUAAAUCCAUAUUGAAAAAUAGGAGAUCUUCUCUAGAAGACGUUGUUAGAAAUAGAUCACCUGAUGGCCAAAUUCAAGGAAUACUUAAAAGAAAAAUGAGUCGAGAAGAAGAACUUCACACUGAUGAUCUGUCUCAAAGUUCGCCUGAGCCUCAUGGCAUACUAAAACGAAAAUCUAAUUCUAGUUCUAGUAGCAGUACUGCAUCAUCCCAUGUUUCUAUUGCUCAAGCUGUGUUAUUAGCAGCAGCGGGUGGUGCAGAAAUAGUGGAGGACGAUAAAGAAAUUGUGAGACCAAUAUUGAAGAAAAAGAGUUUCUCAGAGGAACGACCAUCUCCUGAUGUAGUGCUAUCCGAUACACCCAAGCCCAUACUUAAGAAAAAAUCGACCGAGUUUGAUGAUUACGAUUUCGACCUGCCUAAAAAGCCGAUCUUGAAGUCAUCGAAAAAGUUGUCCGGAGACGAAGGACAUGCUUCUAGUUUCGAUUUGAGCGAAGACGACCGAAGCUCCCGAAGGCCUUCCCUCCUACGUUCCAGGACAUCUGAUCAUUCAGGAUCGGAGUGUGAAACAGCAGUGAGACCUAUUUUAAAGCAAAGAGGUUCGAGUUUGACUAGGGAACGCAGCCAAUCGCCGCGCCCACGGCUCUCUUUUUGCGCGGACAACGAUGCGAACAUUAUUAGUGUGACGAAUUUCAGUUGCGACGCGAACGACUUGUCGGCGGCUGGACCGCGACGAGUCUUGAAUCUCGCGCCCGCUCCCAACCCGGAAGAGAGCUAUCCGAGUGCAGUGCUCCGUCGGAGAAAUCUUCGGCCGAAGACAAACCCUCGGUCUAAAAGCCUCGCGUGUGAUGUAAAUGAUGAGUUGUUGUCUAUAUUGAACAACAGACGACAAAAAGUUGACGAGAAUUGUGAAAACGGAUUUUGUGAACCCUGGAAUAGCGCAUUUAACAACGCAACAGGGGACGAUACCAAACCUAAAUCGUUUCCAUCAAUUGCUUCCAGAAUUAAAUCUAUGGAGCAAGCACUAACUAAAGACCUUUCACCCAGAGACCAGCCAUCUACUUCUAAAGCAAGAACUCGUGACAAGGAACGCUACAAAACUCAGCCCAUCACAGUGGAAGAGAUGCGGUCGAUAACAUCCAGUUUGGAACCGGGCCAAGCGCGUUUCCCAGCGUUCGGCCCCGCGGGCUGUAGUUUUCCGAGCCGACCCGUCGAGUCCGGUAUUGCUCCCUCUAUCAGGGGCCCUUAUCCCCUACCAGGGGAACCCGAACCAGAUCCCUUCGCAGACUUCGCACAGGCAUUGGAUUCACCACCCUACGGUGUAAUCUCGUUCAAUGCCAAGUCUCCUACUACAGCCAAUGGGUUUUCCGAUGGUGGCAGUAACAAGGACGACAGCUACGGUGAAGCAACAUUUCUAGACUUCGAAAACAUUGACGUGAAUUCUGAAAGGAAACAGUCAACGUUAGAUGAAAUUGAACAAGAAGUGGACAAAGUGCGCGUGGCGUUAGACGAGGACAGUCGCGCUCUAGAAGAAGACGAAAGGCACCAAGCCGAGGCUGACAACUGGAGCUUGAAUGUGUCGUGUGACAGUGGAGUGUAUAACCGUGCUUCCUCCAGAGAUUCCGGUCCACAUUCCGGCGAGGAGCUUGGUUUGAUUGAAAGCCAAGAGAUCAGAGACAAUCACGCAACAAACAGCAGUAGCAACGAGUGGUCUUCUUCGUCUAUCGAGCGUGGUCUUCUUACCAUGGAUCGUGAGAGGAAGUCCACCGAAAACGAGGCUCUGAGGAGUCCUGAAGAAGCAGGAAGCGAUGAUGAGAACAGGGAACCUAGUGGAUUUGCUCUCGGUCUGGUCAAGAGCAACAGCGUGGUGGCUCGGGCCAGCAUGUGGCAACAGCUGCAACAGCAGGCUAAAGGGACUCCGAAACCUCUGCUCCGUCACAGUCGCUCCAAGUUAAAGGAGGGACCUUCCGUGGUGGACAGGUUCAAAAGCCAGCCGAUAUCCUUCCCAGCGCCCGUGGUGAGCCCGACUGAGUCUACCGAGGAACAAGCACUCCCGCUGCCUCAGUCCAAAAGUACUGCCAACGUGCUCGACAGGGACGAAGAUGCUAAGUUAGACGAAGACGACCCGGCGAAGAUGUCUCUGUCGGAGAAGAUGAAGAUGUUUAACUCGAAGCUGACGCACAAGCCGCCGGUGGCGGGCGCGGGCGGGGCGCGGGCGCGGGCCGGCCGGCUGCGCACCAUGCCGGUGCUCGCCAGCCAGCUGCAGCAGGCCCUGGACCAGAACGAGCGCCUCACGAAGUCGCUCACUCACGACGAUGUGCCCCGUAAUAACGAUUUUCAAUUGAAAAUGGAGCUGUUCCGUUCGGCCAGCGCCAAGAACACGUCUUUAGAGUAUAUUAUGAGGCAGAACGCCAAGUUUAGGAGCUUAGAUUUGGAUGACGAUUCUCCAUCGGAGCGGGCUCAGCGCAUGAUAACGCCGGAAGUUAGGGGCAUUCUUAAAUCCGGCUCAACUGUUGUGCCUUCCAGGCCCAAGACCUUAGCCAAGGGAGAGAGCUCAGAGGGCCUCAAAGACGAAGGCAUCGACAGUUCCUCGGACGAAGAUUCGGUAUCUACAAGCGUAUCAUCAUCGGAGAAAAGCUGUUCAUCAUCAGACAGCUCCGACGAGCUCCCAGACCCAAAACCUAGAAGAUUCCAACGCAAACCGAACAAACUGAAAUCUUCUAGAACUGAAUCAGAUAUACCAAGACAUCCAGAAGCAUUCCCCUGUAAAAUAAAGCUACCAGGAGCGAAUGAAUUAAAAGAGAGGUUGACGCAAGCCAAAAACCCUGAUGUUAAAAUCCCAAUGCUGGGUAAACUUGGCAGAAAACCCUCAGAAGAAGCGAAGAAGGAAGACGACCAGACCCGAUACAGAAGAUUCGUCAAGAAGAUUGAUGAGCCUAUUCAACUAGGCAAGUUGAGAAGGCCGGCGGAGAAGGUGCCGCCUCCAGCCCAAGAAGUUCCACCUCCAGUGCUUAAGAUAUCUGCAUUGAACCAGGCUGCUAAGAACAAGUUCUUCGGUCUGGACCCUGCGAAGAAAGAGAAGAGUAUUGAUGAGCUAACAGCAGCCGUCAGAAAAUACAUUCCACCUGUAAGCAAAUCAGUGUCAUCCCACACGAUGGAGAUCCCAGGCUCGGGCAGCGACGGGGAGAGCAGCGGCGGCCGAGAGGUGCGGCACAUCAACACCAGGGGGCGACACAGGUCUGUACCAAGUUGUUACUUCAUUCUGGAUAUAGAACUUUACCGUGUAACCUUUACGUGUUACCUUGUAACUUAUGCUCAAGUAACGCAACUAGAUGAGCGCCUGCUGACAGUCCGUGUUUGA